GUCAGACGUAAACAGCGCGUCAUCUUGUAGUUCCGGGGUCACGACCCUUUCUCUCACGUGUGUAGUUGGAAAAGUUACGACGAAGCUGCUGUUCGAAGCAGGAAUGAGAUAAAUGAAGCCGCUCCUUGUUUGUUUUUUGGUGCUAAAGAAGGAAGAGGAAACCGCGGAAAUAGCGGGAGUUUUUCAGGCCAGUUUUUAAAACACCAGUAAGAAGGUAAAAAAGCUAGCAGGAUAGCCUGGUGGCUAACAGCCCGGUGGCUAACAGGCUUCGGCAUGGCUCUGUACAUGAAAGCCGCUGAGAUCCUGGAGAAAGCUGAGAGGAAACAGGCCGCUCUGAAGACUCUGGUCUACGACAGUAAGUUUGCGAACAUCAAGCAGCUGUUCGCUUUGGUCUGUGAGACCCAGAAGUUCUCCUCCAUCCUGCAGGAGAUCAUCGAGUCCACCAGGCUGCUGAAGCUGACCAGGCUGAAGAUGCCUCUGGCCAAGGUGCUGGUCUACGACCUGCUGAUGGGCCAGGGGCUGAAGUGCGGCGGCUCCUGGAAGGCCCUGAUGAUGAAGCACCGCUCCAGGCUGCAGGCGGAGCUGGCCCGCAUGAAGGUGAAGCAGAAGGUCAGCAGGAAUGAAGACCUCCUCCCUGCUAACCUCCAGCAGCCCGCCGGGGACCAGCUGCCCAGGUAUGUCCGCGUCAACACCCUGAAGACCACCGUGGAGGACGCCGUGGACUACCUGAAGAGGGACGGCUUCUCCUACCUGGGCCAGGCCUGCAGGCUGGAGGACUUAAGCCUGAAGGACAGACACUUCGUGAGGGAUCUACACCUGCCGGAGCUGCUGGUCUUCUCUCCUAAAACAGACUUCCAUGACCACUUCCUGUACAAGGCUGGACACAUUAUCCUGCAGGACAAAGCAAGCUGCCUCCCCGCCUUCCUCCUCAACCCUCCUCCUGGAAGCCAGGUCAUCGAUGCCUGUGCUGCCCCCGGCAACAAGACCAGCCACCUGGCCGCCGUCAUGAAGAACCGGGGCAGGCUCUUCGCCUUCGAUCUGGACGCCAAACGUUUGGCCACGAUGUCGACUCUCCUGCUGCGAGCCGGGGUCACCUGUCAGCAGCUGGCCAACCAGGACUUCCUGAAGGUGGACCCUGAUGGUCUGCAGUACAAAGACGUGGAGUUCAUCCUGCUGGACCCAUCCUGCAGUGGAUCAGGUAUGGUGUGCCUCCGAGACGACUGCCCUGCCGACCAGGAGAAGGAGAAAGCUCGUCUGUCCUCGCUGGCCUCCUUCCAGCUGCGAUGUCUGAACCACGGCCUCCGGUUUCCUGGCCUGAAGCGCCUGGUUUACUCCACCUGCUCCGUCCACCGGCAGGAGAACGAGGACGUCGUAGCCGCCUGUCUGCAGCAGAACCCCGGCUUCAGGUUGGUUUCUCUGCUGGCUCAGUGGCCUGAACGAGGUUUGGAUCCGCUGCCUCAGUGUCUACGAGCCGAUCCGACCAAAACCCGAACCCACGGCUUCUUUGUGGCGCUGCUGGAGAAACACAGCGAGGACGGGAAACAGGAAGCAGCGGUUCAGAUAAGCGAGCAGGAAGAAGCGACGCCCUGCAGUCCACCGGAGUCUGAGAACAAACCUGCAGCUUCAGAAGACGAGUCCGAGGCUUCAGAGGUGGAGGAAACAGCGACACCUGCAGGACAGACUGAUGUUCCACCCAGCAAGAAGAGGAGGAGGAGGAGGAGGAAGAAGAAGAACACGGCAACAGCAGAGUGACAUUUAAAGCUCACAGAUCGGUCGCCUUUUCAGCAAAGCAGUGAAAGUCUCACAGCCCACAAGUGUGUCAGUUUGAAAUACUGCAGAGAUGUUUCAUUUCACCCUGACUGGUUUAAGUUCUGCGCUGAACGAGCUGCUUCACCUCCAGGCAGCUGAUACAGACGUGAGAUCAGAACUUUCUAUCACGUCUAGCUUUCCCUCUGGACGAUGAUUUUAUCUGGAAAUAUCACAGAAUUCACAACACGGCUGCUGGUUUUAACUCAUGUUUAUAAAAUCUGCAGGUUAGCAGUGCCAACAGAAACAAUAAAAACAUGUUUUAAUAACAGCUUUAUGGGGAUUCAGCUUCAUUAAUGUGUAGUAUAUGGGAGUACAGAGAGCAGGAGAGAAGACACAGACGUAAAAGCUGAGUUUGUAUUUCACCACAACACAACAGACAUGAAAACAGUGAUGAUGGACUAUGGAUAGAUAAACUUUGUCCCAAACAAUGACAAAUUCUCCUUCAAGGCUACAACCAAAAAAUACAACACAUUAGAACACUUAGAACUCAAGCUUGUCUAAAAGAAACCGCAGCCGAUAAACAUAUAUACAUAGUGUUCAGUGUCUUAUUCAUUUAGUUCAGUGGGAAUGAAGGAUCUUUUAUAGAUGUUUUGUUUAUAACUGGAAGGAGUGAUGGAGGGGUGAGAAAGUCAAAAAUGAAAAUGUACUGAGAUAACUGUUCUGCUGUUGUUGGUACUGUGUAGAUUUAUGUGAAAUGCCUUGAUAUCUGUGAGUAUUGUUGGAUCAAACACUCGUGUUGGGGUUCCUCAGUUACAGAUUGACCCGCUGCUGUUUCUGACAGGCUCACCUGGAAGAGUGAAGAAAAGAGGCAGGAUUCUGCAAAUACUGGACAAGAAAGCUAUAAGGAGCUGAGAUAGUAGUGGCUGAGGGAUUGAGAAAUGAUGGGAAUAAAUGUUGACAUGUCUUAACAGCUUUUAUAAUAACCACAGAACCAUUUUCAACAUCUGGGACCUCAAAAAUCAGACUGUUGCAGCAUGUUUUGUGGAGAAACUGUUGUUGUUUUUAAACAGAGAAGUAAAGUAAAGAUUUUUAUCUAA